CAAGAUCGAGCCGAUGGAUACCGCCAAGUUGAGCGACUACAGCGAGGCCAAGACGCACUUGGAGCAGCUGCAGCAGACGCUCACGCACCUGGAUCACUCCCACUCGCAUCCGCAUCCGCAUCAUCAUCAUCCCCACCACCACGCCCACUUGGGACUGUACCAUGGGGCGCCCAACACAUCGACGAUAACCACCGACUCGGUGGUUUCCUGUGUCAGUUCCACUCUGCCGGCGGUGGCCAAGGCCAUUUCCUCUUCCUGCGCCAACCUGGAGACGGAACGCAAGAAGCCAUGUCAUGCCAGCGACCUGGAUGCAGCCGGGCAUGGUCUCAUGGAGGCCAUUUGCAUUGGCCAGAAGGCAUCGCCGGUGCCGGUGGCGCCGCCGCCUCCUUGCUGUUUGACUCUGAGCGGAAGCUCCACGCCUCCGGCUCCCAUAGCCACAGCGGCGCUGAUGAAUGCUUCUUCUGGAUCCUCCAGCUCAAGCGGAGCAAGUGCCUCACUUUGCAAUGAUCUCACUAGGGAAUCCUCCUGGUAUGCCCAUCAUCAUCAUCACCACCAUCACCAUCAUCACCAGCAGUUGGCCGAUGAGCUGGUUAUGUAUGCCACGCCCACUCCCGCUCCGUCAAUCGGGAAGUUCGGCCUGGACACUUCCACCGAGGGUUACUUGAACGCAAGGUACAAUGUGAAUGUCAAAGGCGUGCGCCACGAGAGAACAUCUACUUUCUUCGACAUACCCGCUGUGACGCACCCACACUCGCAUCCCCAUCCGCAUCCGUAUUGCUACAGAUUCCCAUCAUCGCCACCCGCGGGCAUUCUGAAAAAGAGCGACGAAGAGACGGCCACCGCAGCAGCUGCUGCUGCCGCCGCCGCCGCUGCUGCUGCAGCCGCAGCUGCCUACUGCAGUGAUGUCUCCUCCGGCCAGCACUUUCCACACCACACGAAGAUCGAGCAUGCGGACUCCACCACAACGGCCGCCCAGCAGCAGCAACAGCAGCAGCAGCAACAACAGCAGCAGCAACAGCAACAACAGCAGCAACAGCAUCAUCAUCACCAGCAACAUCAGCAGCUUCAACAGCAGCAACUGCAACACGCCGCUGCCUUGCAUCCGCAUCACCAUCACCAUCCCGGACACCACCACCAGCAGGCAGCAGCUGAGCAGCACUUGACCCACCUGACACCCUUACAUGCCGCCUCCGCCUUUAAGUUUAGCCACACAGCGGUCAUAUCCAGCUCGGCGGUAUACGCCACGCCCUCGCACUACGCCCACCAACAACAGACGCAGACGCAGUCCGUCUACCGGGAGCUCUCACCCAGCUCUGUGGCAGCGGCAGUGAGCGAUGCAGAUUUAAAGUACGAUAGCAGUCCUUACAACGCUACCAUUUCGUCCACCUAUCCCACGGCCCUGCGACCCAAUGUAGUGGACUCAACCACUUCCAGCGAUGCGGAGCUGCGCCUGGAUCAGUUCUAUGCCAGCAACGGUAUUUCCACCAGCAGCAAUGGCCAGACGAUCAGCCAGCGGCGAGGGUCACUGCAGCUAUGGCAGUUUCUGGUGGCCCUACUGGAUGAGCCCACAACCAGUGCCAGCUGCAUUGCCUGGACUGGGCGUGGCAUGGAGUUCAAGCUAAUCGAACCGGAGGAAGUGGCCCGGCGUUGGGGUCUCCAGAAGAACCGGCCGGCCAUGAACUACGACAAGCUGUCCCGCAGUCUCCGCUACUACUACGAGAAGGGCAUUAUGCAGAAGGUGAACGGUGAGAGGUAUGUGUACCGAUUCGUCUGCGAUCCGGAUGCCUUGUUCAACAUGGCCUAUGGCCACCUGACCACUGGAUCCACCGGUGGCAAGGGUGACCAGCAUCAGCACCAGCAGUUGACGCUAUCGUUGGCCAAGACGCCACCAACUUCGAGUGACUCGCAAACGCAUUCGCCGCGUGUGGCCAAGUCGGAUUAUUACGAUACCGCCGGAUUGCAUAAAUAUUAGCCAUAGUUGUCAUAUAUGUGGGCGGAGCGUGGAAAUGCGGCCGAGUGGGCGUGGCCGGGUCCCCUGUACAUUGUGUAAUCUAGUUGCGUGUGUGUUUGAAUUUGUAACAAAGGUUUCGCCACGAUGAGCUGCGUGAGGAGCCUAAAUAUUUAUUGAUUCCAAAGGUCGUCGCCGCUGGGCUCAUCAAAGCGAAAUAUAUACAUACACGAAUGGUACUGUAAGAUAUUACAUAUAUAUAGCACGCCUACAUAACAUAUAUAAAUCUGUGUAUAUAUACAACUUAAAAAGGGGGUUGUCCGCGAAAUUGCUAAGGGAUUUGAAAUCAAUGCAAAAAGGUGUUCAAAAAUAAUCAAGAUUUGAUUUUGUCACAAUUUUUCACAUACUUUCAGGCACCUUUCAAGGUGAUUUCAACUCCCUAGAAAUUUCCCUGGCCAUCCCUGAUAGAGGAGAACAUUAACAGGGUGUCUCCCACUAAUCGUAGUCUGCGUUGAGGUUGAGUUACUUAAAAAAUAAACUAUUAAGCCCCGCUUCCGUUUUCAAAACCAAUUGAAAAACCUUUAGAGAGUUUAGAUUGGUUUCGGAAACGAGAACAGGGUCAUAUGAAACGUUUCUGUUCGUUAAA